CAACAUUGUCCGCGUCUACGAUUUGUUUCUGAAAGAGGACGUCGAUGACUUUGCGAUUAUACAAAAUUACAAAGGAAAAGUGUAGCUGUUAUAGUGUGGAUUUACUGUUUACCUCUACUUUUUUUAGUGUAAGCAUAUAAAUAUACACAUCAUGGCCGGCGCUAUGUUAUUCGAGAGAUCACGCGUCUCGUCGACGAACAGAGACGAAGACGUCCGCAUGACCGACAAAAUGGUUAGCACUGGCGAGGUGCCCGAAGAUGACGAAGAAAACAUAAGGGCAAAGGAACAAGGUAUCCUGAACCUAGGCGAGAAGUACAAGAAAGAAGGGAAAGCCAAGGAACUAGCAGAACUCAUCAAAGCAACCAGGCCAUUCCUCAGCCUUAUAAGUAAAGCGAAAGCAGCGAAAUUGGUACGUUCACUGGUUGAUUUCUUCCUGGAUUUGGAAGCAGGCAUCGGAAUAGAAGUCCAACUGUGUAAAGAGUGUAUAGAAUGGGCGAAGGAGGAGCGUCGUACCUUCCUGCGACAGUCGCUGGAAGCAAGACUGAUCGCUUUGUAUUUCGACACUGGUAUGUAUACAGAGGCCCUGGAUUUGGCCACAGCUUUACUCAAGGAGCUCAAGAAGUUAGAUGAUAAGAACUUAUUAGUUGAAGUGCUUCUUUUAGAGAGCAAAACCUAUCAUGCACUUAGCAAUUUACCCAAGGCUCGUGCAUCGUUAACAUCGGCCAGGACCACUGCCAAUGCUAUCUACUGUCCUCCCAAGAUGCAAGCCGCGCUCGAUCUGCAGUCGGGCAUACUGCACGCGGCCGAUGAGCGCGACUUCAAAACUGCUUACUCAUACUUCUAUGAAGCUUUUGAAGGUUAUGAUGGUGCAGACAGUCCCAAAGCACUGACUGCCCUGAAGUACAUGUUGCUGUCCAAAAUCAUGUUGAAUCAGGCUGAGGAAGUGGGCACGGUCUGUGGGAGCAAGGCGGCCCUCAAAUAUGCAGGGAAGGAGCUGGAAGCAAUGCGGGCCGUUGCUACUGCUUCCCACAAGAGAUCACUGGCAGACUUCCAGGCUGCUCUCAAGACUUACAAGAGGGAGCUAGAAGAAGAUGCGGUUGUGCGUGCCCACUUGGGUGCCUUAUAUGAUACGAUGUUGGAACAGAAUUUAUGUCGCAUCGUAGAGCCUUAUAUGCGAGUGCAAGUAGACCAUGUCGCACGUUGCAUCCGUCUGCCAGUAGUACAAGUAGAAAAGAAGCUGUCCCAAAUGAUACUGGACAAGAAACUAAACGGAAUCUUGGAUCAAGGAGAAGGCGUCCUAAUAGUGUUUGAUGAAUCCCCCCUGGAGAAGACUUAUGAGACUGUCCUCGAAACCAUCCAUCACAUGAGCAAGGUUGUCGAUACACUGUACCAGAAAGCUAAGAAACUGUCAUAGACCCUCUCAUGUAAAUUUGUUGUAGCAUUAAAAAUAUGUAUAUCAAAGUAACCGUAAAUUUUCAGUUCAAAUAAUUGUAAAUGAAACUAUUUUUUGAAUGAAUGCAAAAUUUCAUUAUUUGUACCAACCACAAUGUUGUAAGCUGAAUAGUGACAUGCUAAAUAUUAUGACAAAAAAAUUGUAAAACUAUUUUAGAAAUUGGGGAAUUGCUGUGACAAUGUUACAGACUAACAUUAUCCAGGUGAUGUAGUCACCGCGCAUAGCCACUCUGCAAAGAUUGCAACAUUUUGAUGUAAUACUAAUUCUUCACUAUUAUUUUACAUUUCCUUUUUUUAACAUAAGCUAGUGAAAAAUUAUAAUAUUCUGUUUUAUUGAGAAAAAUAAAAGGUGUUCUCCAAAAA